AUGGACGCUGACCCGGGGGCAUCGACAACUUCCCUGUCUUGGGCAAAUGUUGGGCUCGCGUUCUCUUUCAUCCUCUUUAACGCUGUGGUCUCUCUUUUCUACGGACUAGGCAUUGGGAGUUCGCUUGUGACUGCGGCCGUGCGAUGUAUCCUGCAGCUCAGUGUCGUGGCAUUGCUUUUACAGAAAGUGUUCGAAACGAAUAAUCCAUAUGCGCGUGUUACCGAAGUUUUGUUGAAUCUGAUGGGCACCAUUGAAACGGUCGUGAACAAGUCGAAGAAGCGAUACAAUCACAUGUUCCCAUCGGUGUUACUAGGAAUGAUUGGAUCCACUGUUCCGGUGUCUAUCAUAGGUAUCCGUUUUGCGAUGGCCGUAGACCCUUUCUGGAAGCCAGAACAAUACAUACCCAUCGUAGGCAUGCUUUGUGGGAGCACCAUCUCCGGAAUUGUGGUCUCCGUGUCAUACGUCUUAAAAGAAUUGUAUGAAAACCGUGACAAAGUCGAAAUGUACCUUGCCUUUGGCGCGUCGCGAUUCGAAGCAUGCAAGCCGAUCGCGACGGAGGCUCUUCGACUCGCUCUCACUCCUAACAUCAACCAGAUGAGACCGACGUGCACCCUCAGCGUUCUUGGAAUCAUUGCUAUACCUGGGAUGAUGACAGGUGCCAUACUCGGAGGUUCGUCCGUCGAGCAAGCCGCGCGACUCCAAAUGGUCAUCAUGUUCAUGAUUUCCUCUGCCACCGCCCUCGCGUCCAUCGUGACCACCAUCCUCGCGCUCAGUGUGGUGGUCGACAGCGAACAUCGUGUACGCAGUGAUCGCAUUGACUCUCGCGAACAUGCAGUGUGGCGCGCGAGGACCUGGCUCGUGAGUGCGAUCGUGGGCAGCAUCAAGGAUGCGACUAGUAAGGCAUGGAAGAAGACGCGGCCGAAGUUCUCUAGAGCGCAUAGCAGCCAACAGUCCGUGGAGCCAGACAACGCGUUGGAUGAUAGAGCCGAGAGAGAGAGAUUGCUGCCGAGCUAA